CCUCCGUCCAUCUUCACCUCCGAGGUCGUUUGCAACCCCGUCUCACCCCGCAAUACCAUGUUCGCUUCGUCCAGGUCAGGACCCUCUAGGCAAGUUCUCCGCCGGGGUCUUGCGACGGCCACCACCACCCCGCCUCCCAUCACCGCCUCCGUCCUCCUGUCGCGCCACGCGCUCCUGACGCCGACGCCCAAGCCCCUCGCCAAGGCGUACUACGAGUACCAGACGAAGCUGCGACACGCGCUGUCCAACCCCGUUCCCACCGACUUUUACUUCAAGCCUGGCUCGCUUGCGCUGCGGCGUUUCUUGGAGUCGGAGCACGCAACCGAGGAGAAGUUCUACGGCACAAAGGUCGCUGGACCAAAGCCCGAGCUCGGCGAGGUGCAGCCAGAGCCACCGCUCGAGGAGAAGGCGCGCGAUCACUGGGAGAAGGCGGACGCGAGCCGCGGCGAGCGCUCCCUCGAGCGCUUCCCGGAGGAGGAGGUGUUCUGCCUAGUGCAGGCGAACGGCAAGUGGACGUUCCCUAGCACAUCGCUGCAGGCUGGAGAAGGGCUGGACGAGGCCGUGACCUCGCGCAUCACGGGUGUGAAGGGUCAGCUCAAUGGGCAGGGGAUGGACACUUGGCUCGUGACGCGCAAGCCCGUUGGCGUUGUGCGGAACGGCGAGGAGAGGAACUUCUUCCUCCGCUCGCACAUUCUUGCUGGCGAGCCCAAGCCCACAAAGGAGUCGGGCUACUCGAACUGGGCGUGGCUCACGCGUGAAGAGGUUGAGGAGAGGCUGCGGACACAGGGUGACGACAAGCUCUGGGACAGUGUCAAGGGCAUGUUCGGCGUGGGCAGCGAGCAGGAGUAGAGCUCUACAGCAUAUGCAUAUCACCGUUGCACAGGAGGAGC